GUCGGUAAAAGGAUCCUGGCCCUGAUUUAUUCAAAAGUACACGGGGCUUGAGGAAAAUGACGCGGAUCAAACUUUUAUUUCAAAGUUUCUGUCUGCUUCUGCUGUUCUCCGAGCUGCUUUGUUUACCAAAUCCUGACAAGAGGGGAAACAACAGCCAGAUUGCGGAAGUGAGUCUAGAGAAGCCUUUGGCUAUUAGGAGGGCCGAUCCUGAUGGAGAGCCACUCGUCUUGUUCAUCGACGUCGAGAAAAAAUUGGAGAAACACAAAGAGCUGCUCGACAAAGAAAUGAGCAAAUCGAAUCAGGAACUCAAAAAGAUCCUGAAAGAUCUCGGAGCCAAUUACAAGAAAUCGGUGGAAUUGGCCCAGAGUCUUUUAUCCAACAUUGUCGACGUUUGGUCCCGUAUUGAAGACACGUCCAAAGAUGCCGACCCCAUCAGUGACGGACCCGACUCGUACAACCUGGCCGACCUACUUCUUCUGGCCAAUGACAGCGGCCUUUGCCAUGAGGCUCAUUUUUUAACUCCGCCGGAAGAGGAGAACAAGAUAAAACUUAUUGUUGGAUCGGAGACGAAUGAAACCGAUCCUUCGUCGGAGGAGGAAAUUAAGCCGGAAUCGAUCCGGCCUGUAAGCAACCUGACCCUGCUGCAUACGUCGAAGAGAAGCGAAACGAAAGAUGAUUUGAUCAAUCGUCUCAAAUCGCUGGGCGAUGAGCUGGAAUCGAACGAGACGGAAUUGUCGCCGAAACUUUUAAUUGAUUUCAAAGAAGCCUGGCUGCGCAUAGUCAACAAGUCCAACGAAUUUUUCGACUUCCGGGUUCCUCAAUCGAAGCAGGAAGAAGAAGAUUUGAGAAUCUACACGGCCCGGCUACUUUUUCUGUCCAACGAACGACCCUGCGAGUCUCCCGAUGAAACAUUCUUCAAAGGCCAAUGCAUCCAAGUCGGUCCAACCGAACACUGUCCGGAAAACAUGGAGCUGAACGACGGACCAAAGAACCAAGGAUUUUGCGACUGUUUGCCGUUGGAAUCGGCCAAAGAAAAGUCGGACCUCCGGGUCAUUUACUCCGUUCAAAAGAAGAAAUGCUAUACGCAAAAUACGCAGGGUCCCUGUCCGAACGGGCAAUGGUUUGUGCUGCGCAACAACAUCCCGCAGUGCGAAGAAAAUUCCGGCGGAUGCCCAGCUGACGGCCGGCACGUGUACUGGAGUCCGGAUGCCGGCGUUCACAUUGCCAAAAAGUGUUGGGAAAUCGGAACAAAAGGGCCCUGCGAUCCUGACGAGAGAUUACAUCUGAGACAAGACAUGGGCGACUUCGAGAUUUACUGCGAUCGUAAUUCAGUUAGCUAUUUAUCAUCACCUGUGAUUAUUCCACCUAUCCCGUCGUAUCGCGGAGCGUGUCAAGCGGGUAGUUACCGCAAGCAACGACUGAAAUGUGAACGACCAUUUCUUUAAAACGAAAAAAACAUCCUAGCAGUUCUACAAGCUAUAAUCAAAUCAUCAGUAUAAUUACUUGAGUACAAUAUCAUUUAUUUUGUAAUAUUGGUGUCAGGACCAUAGGAGGUCUAAAAAUAUAAAGCUCCACUCAA